UUUAAGACCUCUAUCUAAUCUUGAUUAGGAGUUUAACGACGCACAACGCGGAGCAUGCAAUAAUUCCUUCCCAGAAUAUACCUUCUCCUCUCUCUCUCUCUCUCUCUAUAAAUACACGUCUACUUCCACAAAUCAUUAGACAAAACUAACAUCUUCAAGAAAUAGAGAGAGAGAGACUCUAGAGUCUAGAGAGAGAAAGAAAGAAGGCUACUAUUUUGCAUGGAGACGACGACGACAGCGGCGGCGGCGAACGGGGGAGGGGACGGGGGGUUUUACAGCCGGAAGAAUCGGCUGCAGGCCGUCGUCAUGAAGGAGAGGUGCGGCGGGCACUUCCAGAUGCCUCUUCACUACCCGCGGUACGCGAAGGCCGACUACGAGGCGAUGCCCGAGUGGCAGCUCGACCGCCUCCUCGCCGAGUACGGCCUCCCCGCCAUCGGAGACCUCGCGGAGAAGCGCAGCUUCGCCAUCGGCGCCUUCCUUUGGCCCUCUUCCUCUAAUUCCUUCUGAGCUACACCUUCUUCAUUUUUCUUGUUUUUCGAGAGGAGUACGCGUUUUUAAUUGUGUGAAAGCUAAAUUACAGAUAACCCUCCUGAAUACAUCGUGGCUUCGACAAUAAAUUAAAUACGAAGAGAAUAAAAUAUGAAGCACGAUAUAUUGAAGAGGAUUUUGUGUAUUUUAGCCUUGUAUAAAGGACUUGCGUUCAUGUUGGCUAGAUUUUUAGGUGAAUUAAUUAAUUAAGUAGUAGAUUGUGAGUUUUGGGUAGGGGUUUGGCACUAGAUCUCAUGUAUUAACUUUAGGAAUUAUUAAGAUUUAAAGAGGUUAAUUAGUGGGUAAGUUUGGAAUUAAGAGGAUUUUAGUUUGAAUGUGCGGGGAUUAGAGGAAUGAGUGUAAUUAGAGUAUCUAAGCCUACUUAAUUUGUUUUUCUAAUAAUAAUUUGUUGGGUUUUUGUUCUUUUGA